AUGAAUUUAACUAAUCUUGAUUAAGCAAUCUAAUAAUUUGAAAGUUCCGAUUAGACCAAAUAAGGUUUAAACAUUACAGACAUUGAAUGUAAAUCAGAAUAGAAAUUUGAUUCAUUGUAAUAAAUAAUAAAAUUUUAGAGACAAUGUUUAGAAUAAUAAACGAUUAUAGUAAUCUCCAAAAGAACAAUCAAAAUUGAAUAAACAAAAUAAUCAGGCAAAUGCAUUUUAAUAAGUGAAUGAAAAUGUAGAAGAAAAUAAUUCUUAAAAUUUAGAAUAAAAUUUUUAUGGUUUUUUUGGAGUUGAUAACUAGAAUGUUACCAAUCAUCCAAAUUUUGUUGAUUAAAGAAAUAAAUUGUUUGCUAGUGUCUAAUAAGUUAUUGAUAUGCAAAGACUUUUUGAAAUUGAAAAGUAAUUUGUAAAUAUGACUUAGAAAUGAAUUAGUAUAAAGGAUUGCAUAACAAAAAGUUCGUGAUGAACUUAAUUUAAGAUAAAAAUUAGCUGAAUAUGAAUAAAAUGUAAACUAAUUUGUGGUUCAAAGAAACGAAUUCGAAAAGAAAUUAUUAGAAACCCAACAAUUAUUUAAAUUAUCAAGUGUUAUUGAUUAAAGUGAUAAUCACUAAGACAUUAUUAUGAAAUUAAUUUAAGAAAAUUAGGCACUAUCUAUUAAUUCUAGCAAUAUAAUUAAAGAACAAAAAGUUAAAUAAAAUGAUUUAGAAUAAAAAAUUGUUCAUCUGAUAUAAUAAUUACAAUAAAAUCAUAUUUAAAAAGAGAAUUUUCGGAUGAAAUAUAUAAAUUUGAAAUAAAAUUGUAGGAAGAAGAUAAAUUAAAUAAAAUCAUCAAUAAACCAAUUAAUUGAGAUUAAAUAAUCUUUCAAAUUUCAAUUUAAUAGGAUACAUAAUUUUAACAAUUAAAUCUUGGAAUAAUUAUAAGUAUUUAUAGGUUAAAGAAAAGAACUUGAAGAAAUGGAAAGACUAAAUUAGUCAAAUCUCAAGUUAAUAAAAUAGUUGACACAUUCUUAAUAUUAAUUACUUUAAGAAAAAUAAUAAUUUCAUAAGAUUUUAUCCUUAUAAUAGACUGAAUUUUAGCUACUCCAAUCUUAAUCUAGAGAAAUGUAAUUACAACACCAAGUAGAUUCAGAAUAAUUAAAAUAACUUAUUAAGUAUUAGAAAUCUCAUUUAGAGAAUUAAAAUAAUAAUAAUAAAUUUUUUGAUAAAAAAAUUAUAGAUGAAACCAAUGAUUGUGAGGCUAAAAGUGAGUAUGCAGAUGAGAAUAAUAGUGUGAAUAAUAAUAAUGAUGAAUAAGGAGUUGAUUAUUAAAAUGCAAAGGAUUAAGAAUUGUUAUCAGAAGAACCAGCAAAUGAGUCUAUUGAAAAUAAUAAUAACGAAAUUUAAUAGUAAAACAUAUAUUUAGAGGGAGAGAGUUAGAUAGAAGAUGACAGUACAAAGAAGGAAAAUAUACUAUCUUUAAAAUUAUCAGAUCUUAACUUUGAGUUGUAAGGAUAAACCAGAACUUAAUAAACUCAAUUGAUUAAAAUGUAAGACUUAUAAGACUAAUAAAAAUAAAAAGAUGAUAAUGAUUAAGAUACACCAGAUAUAUAAUUUGAUGAUGAUUUGAAUGAUGUGUUAGUAUAAAUCAACACUGAUCAAGCCAUAAAAUAGGCUAUUUAGAAGGAAGAAACACCUUUGGAUAAUAAUAUUAUUGAUUUUGAUUAGGUUGGUUAAUAAUAAGAAGAAAACAAUUAAUUAUCGGGAUGGGACUUUGAAGGCAUCUGA